AUGCACCCGGUCUCCUCAAAUCAACAUCUGACCCUCAUUCCAAUAGCAGCUCGAACAACGUCCAGGUCUGCUGACCAUCUCCCCACUCCCGCGAGCCUCACGUACGCCGCCAACUUGUCAUCGAGCUUCACACUGUCAUCUAGCACUACGGAUGGAUCAUUGGCUGGCUCGGCGCUUUUCGAUCAAGGCAAACCCUCGCAAGAGUCAAGCGGGAGUAACAACACUGCCUCCUCUCAGCAACUCAAGGAACUGUAUCACGCAAUCGCAGCCCUGGAAGACCGGAUUCUGCAUGAGGAAGGCGGUCUCGGCGGAGAUGACGGGCUCACGCGAGAUGCGCCGGCUAGAGGUGGUGGCGUUGUGCUGAAGGCUAGGACUGGAAAGGAGCCAAGAGACAAAGAUGAGGAGGCCAAGCGGGAGAAGUGGAGGAAGGUGGUCCAGGAUCGCAAGCUUGUGGCAUCUUCAUUGCAGAAUAUACUGGAGAAGUACAAGAUCAUCUGGACCCAUGGCUUCCACAAGCUCCUCGACAGUCUGCGCCGCACGUCAUGGCAUUCCCUCGUCACACUCGAACACCUGCAAGACUUCAUUUAUUAUGCCUACACGUUCCACACUGACUUACUGGAGGAGAGGACGUUGGACGCUCAUCGCUUAAGCUGGCUAGAAGCACUCGGUGAUCUUGCACGUUAUCGCAUGGUCGCCACGGAUAUGGCAAUGAAGGUGCCCUAUGCGAAGGGUCUUCCCCAUCCUCUCACUGUGAACACCGUCUCUCAAGUCUCUCUCGACGCGCCCGCUCCCCCACCUGCCUCCAAAUUGCAGGCGUCUAUCUGUGACAAACCCGCCGCUCACAUCGAUGACUCUGAGAGCCCCAGUAUUGGACUGGCAGCUGCUCGAACAAUGGAUGUCGAGCCGGAGAAGGGACGGUGGAGAGGGAUCGCGCGGGAGUGGUACGCUACCGCGCUUACUGAGAAGCCGGUUGAGGGGAUGCUGCCCCGACAUAUGGGGCUUCUAUGCUGUGAAGUCGGGGGUGAAGAGCGUGGAGCAGCGUACCAUUUUGUGAAGGGGUGGGUAGUUCCUUGA